AUGCUCUGCAGCAAGGGGGGUGCGGAUGUUGCUACGGUUGCAUCUACUUACUCUUCGGCAAUGCAGUCUUUGAUCAAGAACGGAUCAUUCAAAGUGGCCGACGUUACAGAUUCAGCUUCGGUGACGUUACCGACAGACAAGACAGAGGAGAAUGUGGCAGCAGAGCCUACUACUACAAGCAUCGUGGAGUGUGUGGAUGGCAUGUCGAUCAUCUCCCAAGGUAAGUUGAAUUCCUAUGGCUUCAAGAAGGCCUGCCAAGACGAUCCCUUUGCUUCGAAGUUGAACAGCGCUGACUCGCUCUAUUUGCUGAGGAUGGGUUUGACUGCGGAAAAUUUGGCAGCUUGCAGGAAAGCGGGAAUCGAUUCACCGAAGCUGUGCUUCAAUGUCCGUCAUCUCGAGAAGGGUGAGAAAAUCACAACAACCGUGGAAAUCCUCUACGACCUUGAUCUCUCACAAGCCUAUGUGAAAACGCUCUUUGACAAGCUCAAGCCGAAUGAGCCACUCAAGGAGAAGCUGUUCAAUGUUGUCGGCCAGGAAGAACGUGAUGAUUUCAAGAUGUACUUCUGGGGUGACAUCAGUACCAACCCACCAGUGCUUGCCACUCGCCCAAAGAUCAUGUACUUCAUCAAGAUGACGGUCCUACAAAGCGACGGCAAACCAGUGAGUGGGUCCCCCAGAGGGAGGACUCAACAUUUUAAUGCAACAAUAAUAUGUAACAUGUACAUGUACUACAUGUGCCUUCAUGUUGGGCAGUCCAAGACACAUGAUACCACCAAUGUGACAGUAGGUUACUAG